UUGAAUGGAAGCCGUUUGAAUUUUAAUAAAUGUUGUCAUCCAAGACAAGUGGUUAUUCGUUGUAUGUGUGCGUUCUGUUCACAAGUUAGAAUAUUGGCGUAGCAAAUUUUAUUUCCAUACAAGCUGAUUUGAAGUUUUUGAAACUAUAUAGCGUAUAGGAUCAGAUAGACGUCUCGUAUUAUAAUCUACAUCGUAAGCUGAAAAAUGAAUUCGUUGAUUCAAGUCAUCAAUAAGCUUCAGGAAGUCUUUUCGGUAAUUGGUCAACAUGACAUUAAUUUACCACAAAUCGUUGUUGUCGGAACACAAAGUUCCGGUAAAAGUUCAGUUUUGGAGAGUCUUGUUGGACAAUCGUUCUUACCACGAGGAACUGGCAUAGUCACUCGAGCGCCAUUGGUGCUUCAAAUGAUCAAGUAUACAGACAAACAGCGUACGGACAUAAGAAAUAGAACAAAAAUUGAAAAUCUAAAUCAGUGGGCAGUAUUCCAUCAUAAGCCGAAAGAAAUAUUUUACGAUUUUGACUUAGUACGGAAAGAAAUUGAAAUAAGGACAGAUCAACUGGCAGGUUCCAACAAAGGAAUCACACAUGACCAAAUAAUAUUAAAAGUCUAUACGGAUUUAUUCGAUCUCACGUUUGUAGACUUACCGGGUAUUACCAAAGUUCCCGUGGGCGAUCAGCCUGAAGAUAUCGAUGAGCAGAUACAAGCCCUCAUUACUCACUAUGUGGAAAAACCCAAUUCCAUAAUUCUAGCAGUUGUCACAGCUAACACUGACCCGUCUACUAGCGAAAGCUUAAAAAUAGCUAGAAAAAUGGAUCCAAAUGGCCAAAGAACAAUAGCUGUUGUUACAAAAUUGGACCUCAUAGACAAAGGCACAUUACAGGACGCAGCUGAACUACUGUGUGGUCGCAAGAUUCCCGUCAAACUAGGUAUCAUAGGCGUCGUAAAUAGAAGCCAAAAAGAUAUAAACGACAACAAGCCGUUAAAAGAAACGAUUAAGUCUGAAAAACAAUUUUUAAAAGAAAAUUAUCCAGAUAUUUACAAAAAACACGGUAACUCGGCUUUAGCGAACACUUUGCAACAGAUAUUAAUCAUGCACAUUAAAGAAACAUAUCCGGUUUUGAAAAAAGAACUAGAAAAUAUGAAGACCACGCUGGAAGCUGAACUGAUGAAAUUAAAAACACCGGACAGCAAUGCGUCUUUUAUCCUUGGGAUAUUGAAAGACAUAAAUAAAUCUUAUUGUGAUACUAUUAACGGUAACCGAAAGGAUAUUUCGGAAAACGAAAUUACAGGUGGCGCCAAAAUUUCCAGCAUCAUUAAUAAAAAUUACUUGAAGGUCGUAGAUGAUAUUGAUCCAUUAAUUGACUUGCCAGAAUCAAAAAUCAGCAAUAUUCUGUUAAACGCGGCUGGAACCCAAAAAAGCUCUUUUGUUAAUGAAAAAGCGUUGCAGAAUAUGAUCAGCCGUCAAUUGCAAUAUCUAAUUGAACCGUCAUUAAACAUUGUUGAUCUUGUCAGUGGAGAAAUGUUGAAAAUAUUUGACACAAUUGAUAAAAGUAUAUUAGAUCAACUAGCAAGAUUUCCUAUAUUAAACUACGACGUCCGUUCAGUCUUGGACAACAUGCUAGAGGAUACUUUGAUUGCUAUAAAAGAAUUCAUUAAAUCAUACAUCGAUACACAACAAGAAUGUAUAAACACUUCUAAUCCCGAUUUUAUAUUUCAGUUGGUAAAGAAAAAUGAAAAAGUAAAAGAUAUGUACGUUACACAAGUCGUAAAAGUAGAUUCUUGUAAUAAACCGUAUUAUCCAGAUAAUGAAAAAGAGCAGGAAGAACAAAAAAAACAAAUAUUAUUACAAAUGUUGUCAGGGAUUAAUGACUUAGACCAAUCAUUAGAAACAUCAAAACAGGUCAAACUACAUCAAAAUCUAACACAAUGCUAUUUCGAUUUUAUAAGAAGAAAUGUCAGAGACUUUGUGCCGAAGAGAAUACAACACAAGAUGGUUGAUAAUAUAUUACUGAACUUCGAUAAGUAUAUGAUCGUUCACGUAUUUGAAAAGUAUUUGAUCGAAAACAAGUUUGCCGAAAUACUUAUAGAAGAAGAGGGUGUAAUUGAAGACAGAGAAUUGGCUAUGAAAAAAUUAAAUGCAGUUAAAAGUGCAUUGAAAGUAAUGGUGGACAUUCAACUAAUGUAAUAUUGUACAAAAUAGUGCAUUUAAAGUAAAAAUAUUAUAUUUUGUUUGUGGAGUUGAGAGUUAAGAUUGUUUUUUUUUUUAAUAUAAUUAAGUUUAUAAUGGUAUUUUUUAAAAAAUAAUGUAAUUAUUUUUCACUAAAUUACCACUCAUUUUUUUAUGUUGUUUAGAUAUUUUGUAAAGUUUUUCAGUAAAUGAGUUUUGAUAUAUUACUAGUAUUUAGAAUACUUUUCAAUGAAGUGUUUGGAUGGUAUAUUACUGAACUUCGAUAAGUAUAUGAUCGAUAACGUAUUUGAAAAGUAUUUGAUCGAAAACAAGUUUGCCGAAAUACUUAAAGGAGAAGAAAGUGUAAUUGAAGAUAGAGAAUUGGCUAUGAAAAAAUUAAACGCAGUUAAAAGUGCAUUGAAAGUAAUGGUGGAUAUUCAACUAAUGUACUACUAAUGUUCAACUAUUGUAACUAAUAUUGGAAUU